AUGGGACACUCUCUGCGAGACCACGCGUCCUUUGUCCGGCCGUCCACCAGGGACCGCCCGGCGACUCGCGGCGAGGGGGAAAAUUCGCUGGUCGUCCCCAGUCGCACGUCGUCGCUGCACUCCCGCAUCACCCAACCCAUUCCUUCAACACUCAACAUGAAACCCGCACAGCGCACCCCCAAAACCCUGACCCAUGCCUACAUGGUCUGCGGUGUCGGCCGGGAACCCUCCCAAUGGGUCAAGGCUCCCACCCCGGCCCAGGGCAAGAUCGGUCACAUGAAGGGUGCCGUCGGCCAAUUCUGGCUGCCCGAGAUCCUGGGGAGUAGCCCCCGGUUGGAACAGGAUAACGAGAUUGCGCGCGCCUUGCACUCGGCCAUGAGGGCAUGCUUCCCCCACGAUGUCGAGAUCUGCACCGGCAAGAGCCAGCCGCACUGCGCCCACCACGCCUUUGUUCUCCAGCAGGACUCCUCGCACACUCUGUACGGUAUCGCGCUGCGCGUCUGGUCCCGUGCCGACGAGAAGCGCGCCGAGACUAUUCGUGAGCUGCGCAAAAAGACGGAGCCGGACUUCUACGACAACCCCGACGAGACCUACUGGAUCCCCUACUGCCUGAGCUUCCUUUCCCGCUACCCUCUGUACGACUUGCUGGGCGAUUACCUGCGAGGGAUGUGGAUUCAUUGGAACAAGGCCACCAACCUCUUCCACGCCGAGGAGGUCUCCCGCAUUCUGAGCUUCCCGGCACCUCGCCUGAACGACCUGGUGCGCAUCGAUAUGAAGGACUACGCCCUCUGCUACCAGUUCCCUUCGUCCCCGACCGGCUUCCAGAACUUCGCCAUGUGGCCCCUGUUCAACUGUCUGUCCAUCCCCAACAUCGUCGGGGUGAUCGAGGCCGCCGUUUCGCCGACUCGCCGCAUUAUUUUCGUCUCUCACUAUCCUGCCAUGCUGACCGCUGCCUCCGAGACCGUUCGUUACUGUGUCCGCGUGUACGAGUGGAGUGGCUUGUACGUCCCCGUGGUGCACGCCCGCCAUGUGAAGGAGCUCGUCCAGGAGCCUGGCCCUUAUAUUCUCGGUGUCACUGCCGAGUGCCGCACGCUCUUCAACGCUCCCUCCGAUGCGCUCGUCGUCGACCUCGACCGGAACUUUGUAUUGACCUCGAGCCCACCUAAUGUCCUCAACCAGGGUCAGCGUACCAAGUUCAUCAACCGACUGACUCAGGCCCUGAACGGCGAUGUCUCGCCCUCCGGAGUCCCCACGCACCUGCGUUCGGCUUACGCUGGCGGUAAGCUGAUCCCCGCGGGUCAAAUUAUCGUGAUGCGUGGCGAGGUCGAAAGCGUCCAGGAGCCCAACUGGUGGAACCAGGAUGCCGUGAUGGGGGUCAUGGACCACGUUUGUGAGAAGCUCGGUCGUAACACCGGCAUGAAGGCCAUCUUCGGCGGAUCCGUCAAGAAGCCCCUGAUGACCAAGGUCUCGAUGCGCCAUCUCAACGAGAUUGUCCGCGAGCGCAACCAGUACUCUCGCGAUGCGAUGGAGGCCUGGCAGGACUUUAUCAACCUCAAGGGACGUAUGGAUACCGAGCUCAGCAAGGUCACCAAGCGCAACAACUUCCUGGUCGAGGAGCUCGAGACCUGGAAGCAGCAAUUCCUCAAGUUCCAGGCCUUUGCUGAGCAGCUUACCAAGGAGACCUCGGAGCUCAAGGUCAAGAUCGAGAAUCACAAGCGCGAAAACCGUCGCCUCACCGGCCUCAUUGACCAGCAGAAGGAUGAUGUGGCUCGCCUCACUCUCCGUCUCUCCGGUACCGAGAAGCAGCGUGACGAUGCUCUCGAGGCACUGGUUCUCCAGCAGGAGAUUGCGGAAGAGCUGGAGCGUGAGCGCAAGCGCAACCAGAAGGAGAUCUCUGCGCUCACGCACACUAACUCCACCCUCUCUCGCGAGCGUGAGGAGGCCCAGCGGGUGGUUCUGCACCUGCGGAGCCUGAUCAACGGCAAGAGCCACCACAUGGAGCACAUUGUGCGCUCCAUCGGUAGCACUUCCGAUAUUACUGAGAUGGUCGAGCAGGGUUACGAAGACGCCCCCGAGGAACCCACCGAUGAGCGUGCUAGUGCAGAGUCUGCGAAGGAGUCAAACAAGGAGACCAACGGAGUCACCAACAAGCCAUCGGUAAAUCACAUGAGCCCCGAGCUAGAGCAGCAUUUGCUGAAUCUCGACAAGGAUCGUAAGACCAUUGCUCGUCUGAGCGUUACCGAUGUCGCGGACCGUUACCUCCGGGACAAGACGGACGCUAUUGCGGACAUCAUUCGCAGCAUCAGUGAACAGUGCGCCGCCGCCGUCGAGGGUUUGCACCUGGCCCAGGAUGCCGAAGACGAGGAGGCCGCCGAGGCCUCCUCGUCCAAAGUCCACCAGAACGGUUCCCCCCGUCUGGGUUCGGACUACGAGGGCCAGGACGGCCGCACCACCCGCGCCACCAGCGAAGUGAGCGACACCGACAACACCUCGCUGCACCCGGACAACCGCCACUCCAGCAUUCCCCCUACUCCCGAUCUGGUGCACAACCGCUCCAGCACCUCCAUGUCGAUGGUCAGCAGCUCGACCUUCCCCGAGCGGUCCAGCCAGCAAUACGGACCGGGAGAGAUUCCGACUCGUAUCGUGGAGGACGAUGACGAGCAUGCUCACGAGACAGAGAGCAUGGACGAUCAGCAAACCGAGACUGGCACCCUGUCCAAGCAGGCCAGCGAGGAUCUCAUGCGCCCCCAGACCGCUCGUGUGAUCUCGUAG